AUCCAGAGUUCCGACUGCCUACCUGCCACGCAUAAAGAAUGUGAAUCGUGAGUAAAGAUGUCAAAAGCGUAGGUGUCGCAGAAGUGGCAACUGGUCGGCGGUGAACAGACAUAGGUGACGAUAUUUUACAACCCGAAGAAGGUAUGUCUGACAGUGUUUUUACGGAAGAGUUGCACCAUUUGAGCCCAGGUACUGAGUUCUGCCUGCUUGAAUGCUCUGCUGCCUUCCACAAGCUGAGCGAGCGAGAGAAAAAGUACGCCCACUACCUGUCCAGAGCCUGCUGGUAUGGUGGGCUCAUCAUUCUCUAUCAGGUAUCACCUGAAUCUCCAGGGAUAUUUAUUCUGCUGCACAAGCUGUUCAAGAUGCAGACCUUUCAAGAAAUUCAGGACCUAGCGAGAACACAAGGAUGUACGGAGGAUGAAAUUCAGGCUAUAAGAAUGUACGUGGCUGGGUUCUUUACAAAUUUUGGGAAUUACUCGUCGUUUGGAAACAUCAAGUUUAUACCCGACUUUUCAAAAGAAACGUUUAAGCGUCUAGUAAUGCAAAGUGAAGCAGGAAAGAGAGAUCCUGAGGUGAUGGAAGGGCUGUGGAACUCUCUGUCAUACCGCAUGUACUCUCUGGAGAAACGACAUCGCAAGAUCGGUCUUGGCCCCAUGGGUACAUCCACUUACUACUCGUUUAACUGCGAUAUGGACGAUGCCAAACUUGCACAAGAGUUCAUGCUGUCCAAGAACUUGAACGCCUUCAACACGAGGCUGACUAAGAAGUCCUCGUACGAGUAUGAGAUACGUCUUGCAUCUUCAGAAACGGGAGAUGGUUUUAUUCCUGGUUGUGAUGAAGAGUUGCUAAAAAGCCACGAGUUCUUAGCAGAGGGAGCAGACGAACCAGUCACCUUCCAUGUCACUAGGGGAGACUACUCAAAGCUGCUUGCAAAAGUUGUCAGCUGUUUUGAAAAAGCAAAGGAGUUUGUGACCAAUGAGAUGGAGUCUCACAUGAUGGAUAUGUACAUUGCCAGCUUCACAACGGGGUCUGUUGAGUCACACAAGGACAUGGCUAGAAUCUGGAUCAAGAACAAGUGGCCUUCAGUUGAAACGUUUAUUGCAUUCCUGGAGUGCUACAGGGAUCCAUUAGGUGUUCGUGGCGAAUUUGAAGCUUUUGUGGGUAUUGUGAAUAAAGAAAGGAGCGCUAUGUACGAGGAACUGGUCGACAACACUGUGCGGCUGCUGAAGAACCUACCAUGGCCGCCUGAAUACGAGAUGGAUCAAUUCCUGAUACCCGAAACAAUGUCAAUUGAUGUUCUCACGUACGGAGCGUCCAUAAUUUCCGAGGGUAGCAACAUUCCAAACUACGGUGAUAUACGGCAAGAUGAGGGCUCCAAGAACACAACAUUUUUCAACAAAAUCAUAGUUGACUGUUACAAUGGAGAAACAUUCAUUGAUAUUGAAGACAAGGAUUUGUAUUCGAAAUUGAUGGUGAGCACCUAUGAAUUGCAUGUUGGCUUGCACGAGCUCUACGGACAUGGCAGUGGGAAAUUGUUCUAUGAGGACUGUGAUGGUAACCUGAACUUUGACAUCAACGUAGUACGGCACACAGAGACCGGAGAACAGAUCAAAAGUUGGUACAAGACGACAGAGACGUGGGAAACAAAGUUCCCAACGAUUGGGGCCUCGUAUGAGGAGUGCCGUGCGGAGUGUGUCGCCCUGUACAUGAUAGACAACAAGGAUAUUCUGAGGAUCUUUGGCCAUGAACAUGACGGUGAUGACGUUGUGUAUGUGGUUUGGUUGAGCUUGCUUCGCCUGAGUCUUAUAUCACUUGAGUUCUACGCGCCAGAGACAACCACCUGGCAACAGCCCCAUAUGAACGCAUGGUUUGUAAUACUGCGGGUGCUUAUGGAGGCAGGCCAAUGCUUCUUGGAGCUAUGUGAGGUCACAGGCAGCGAUGGCAUUCCAGACCUUGUGGUUCGUCUGGACCGACAGAAGAUAUUGACCGUAGGGAAACCCGCCAUUGGAAACUUCCUUAGGAAACUCCAGGUGUACCGCGCAACCGGUGACUUUGAGAAUGCCAAGAAGAUGUAUGAUCAUUAUUCUGAAGUGACCGAUGACGGAGACGUGAAGUUUCUGUCACUACGGGAGAUUGUUCUUGCUCAUAGAAUACCACGCAAGAUGUUUGUGCAGCAUAACACAGUGAUUGAUAAAGAUGACAAUGUGGUGCUGAAAUCGUACGAGGCAUCCAAUUGUUCAGUCGUUCGUGGAACGGUUUCUGCAUGA